AUGUCGCGUGAUCUGCCUCGCUUUAAGGACCCUAAAUUUGGAAAUGGUAAUUUGUGUCAAAUUUGUCCUCAAGGAGUAAUAUUAUUGUCUGAUGUUCUUGACAAUAACUCCACUUUAAUCCAUCUUGGAAUUAGCGAAAGUAACACUGAUCCUGAAGGUGAUACGAUUCUUGUGGAAACUCUGAGUAGAAUUACCACAUUGACAUCAUUAAAACUUGCAUUUAAUUGCUCAUUCCUGCAAGGGGACAUGUAA